AUGCACUUCACUUCGUACCUCUCGGUUCUGUCCGUCCUGGGCACCAGCGGCGGCGUCCUGGCCUGGGCACCCCCCAGCUACGACGGGUACAGGCUGGUCUGGUCGGACGCGUUCCCGGGCGCCCCCGGGACGCUGCCGAACGAGAACAACUGGAACAUCAUCACGGGCAACCUGGGCGUCAACAACGAGCUCGAGGUCUACCAGCGGGACCCGCGCAACCUGCAGAUGAGCGGCGGCAACACGCUGCAGAUCGUCCCCUGGCUCGACGGCUCCACCUGGUCCUCGGGCCGGAUCGAGUCCAAGUACACCUUCACGCCCCAGCCCGGCGGCCGCACCAUGGCCGAGGCCCAGAUCCGCUUCGGCUCCAACGACAUCAGCACCAAGCAGGGCCUCUGGCCCGCCUUCUGGCUGCUCGGCGACUCCAUCCGCCACGGCACCGGCUGGCCCGCGUGCGGCGAGCUCGACAUUUUGGAGACCAUCAACGGCCAGCUGACGGGCUACGGAACCGCCCACUGCACCGCCUGCAAUGAACCCGUCGGUCGCGGUGGCUCGGUCCCCAUCCCCAAUCAGGACUUCCAGCGGUGGCGGAUCGUCUGGGACCUCACCAAUGGCGACUGGCGCGCCCAGACCAUCACCUGGUUCAUGAACGACCAGCAGUUCCACCAGCUCAGCGGUGCUACCAUCGGAGACCAGGGCGUCUGGUCCACCCUGACUAACAAGCCGCUCUUCUUCAUCCUCAACAUGGCCGUCGGCGGCAACUGGCCCGGCUAUCCCAACGACAGGACCCAGGGUGGCUACGGAGCCAUGAUGGAGGUGGGCUAUGUUGCUCAUUACUCGACCUAG